AUGAAAGCCUAAACAUAAAUUACAUAAGCUCAAUUAGAACAAGCAGAAUAAUAUUUUUAAUUGGCAUAAGUAAAAAUAUAAAAAUGAUUAAUUAAGGAUUUUAAAUCUAAAAAUUAUCUUCAAGAAGCACUUUAAGAGAUCGAUAAAAGUUUAAAAUUGUAAUAGAACAAUGUUAAUGCUUAUCUUUUAAGAGGUAGGACUUGCUUUAAUAAUUUUAGGCGAAAUAUGGUCUGAGUUAGAAAACACCCCAAUGGCCCUUUAGGAUUGUGAUUUAGCAUUAAAAAUUGAUUCAAAAUCAGCGAACGCAUAUUAUCUUAGAUGUAAGAGUAUGUUUCAUUAUUAAGCAACAAUUUAGUGGAAAAAUAAAUGUUUGUAUCCAGCUUUAGACGAUAUUAAUUAAGCAAUUUCUCUCAAUCCAAAUUUUGAAAUAGCCUAUAGCCGUAAAGGUAUUUUAUUAAGCAUUAUUUAACAGGAACAAUCCUCUGGGAACUAGGACUUAAAUUAGAAGCAUUUACUUGUUUUCUUAAGGCGACCCAAUAAGUAAAUUCUAUUAAUAACCGUUUUGCUUCAUAAAGAAGUACCUUUUAUACAUAAAUAUUAAAGCAAUUUCAAAAUAAUAGGAUGAUGAGCUUUAUUAAAUUAAUAAAGUAAUUGAAUAAAAUCCUAACGAUUCUUAAGCUUAUUUUAAUAGAGGUAUUAAGCUGUAUCAAUGAAAUAGCAAAGAUUUUUCUUCUUUAAAAUAGAGUGUAAGAAGCCCUUGCAGAUUAUGCCGUAAUAAAAUAAAUAAAUCCAUAUUUUGUCCAACCAUAUAUAAAAAGAGGUUUGUAAUUGACAUAUAACAUUUAGCUAAAAUUCUCAUAGACUUAAACUAAAUUGAAGAAGCUCUUUAAGAAAUUAGAAAGCCCUUAAUUCAUGAAUAGAAUAAUGCUGAAAUUCACUUUAUUGAAGGUGAUUUUGAUAAUUAUUCUAGGGAACUGUCAUCUAAAGAUUGGUAACUUAGAUAAGGCUCUUCAUGCCUAUGAUAGAGCUAUAGCUUUAUGCCCUAAAGAUGAAUAGUACUUAAAUCAAAGAAGUAAUAUAUAUGAAAAAUUGUAUGAGGUGAGCUUUACUUCAGAUUGGAGAGGUUUGAGGAAGCCAUCAGAGAUCUUAAUAAGACUAUAAGUAUCAAUGCUAAUUCCUAAUUCGCAUACUAUAAUAGAGGUUUAAUAUCAUAGUAUCUAACAAGCCUAAUCCUAUUUAAAGAUAGGUUAGAAAGAUUAAGCAAAGAAGGAUUUAGAAAAACAUAUUGAGAUAAAUCCAAAUCAUCCAGAUGCUUAUUAUCAAUUAGGUUGUUAUUUUAAUUUAUUCUAGGAGUUAUAUUAACAAUGCUUGGAAAUAUUAAUUAAGCAUUUUUCUAAUAUUGUAAAGCUAUUUCACUUAAUCCUAAUUUUUAAAAGGCAUAUGCAAAUAGAGGUAUUGAUUAAAUUGUAAAAAUAGCUUCACUUGCUACUAGUUUGGGAUUAAAAUAAUAAGCAUUUGAUGAUUUAAAUAAGGCCAUUGAACUUGAUCCAAACUGUUCAAAUUCAUAUUUUAAUAGAGGUUAGAUUUUUUCUAUUUUAGGAACAUUAUUUGUAAAUUUAGGAAAUUUUGAAUUAGCCCUAAAAGAUCUAAAUCAAGCUAUUAAAAUUGAUCCUAGUUAUUAAGAUGCACUUAAUAAUAGAGGUAAAUGAAUUUAAACAAAUGUAGGUUUGGUUUAUAAUCAUUUAGGCUAGAAAAAAGAUGCUCUAAAAGACUUUUAACAGAUAAUUUCAUUAAAUCCAAAAAAUGGAGCUGUUUUAAAUAAUAUAGGUAAUUAAAGAAUUAAGUUUAAGGAACAUUAAAAUUUUAUUAAGGCGAUAUACAAGAUUCCUUAAAGUAUUUUUUAGAUGCUAGUCAAUUUUGCUAGAAUCCAGUCAUUUUAGUUAAUAUAGGAAAUAUAUAUUUUGAAGAUAGAAAGUAUUAAUAAGCAAGAAAUUACUUUCUUUAGGCAAAAUAGUUAUUGGAAAGUCAAGGCAAUAAUUCAAAAAAUUGUUGGAAUCUUAGUCCUGCCAAUAUUUUUGUUUUAUAUGAAAAAGUGUCAUUGUUAUUGCUAAUAGAAGAAUAAAUGGGUUCUCUGAGAUCCUAAAUUACUCAAAAAUAAUAGUUUCUUAAAUUUAAUGCAUAACAACCUCAACUUCCAUCAGUUGAUGAAUUAGAAAAGUAGAUAUUUAAAGAUCCAAAAGGAUAAUCAAUAAUAUAGCCAAUAACCAAUAAUUAAGAUACAUUCUAAAUUCAAAACGAAAUAUUAUAACUUAAAUAAAAAACUGAGUAUUUAUAAGGAGUUUUUGAAAAAAUAAAUUUAUCAGACGCCUUCAAGAUACAGAAGGAGAUAGAAAUUUUGAAACGACCAGAAAAUUCUCAUAAAUUCUUGUAUUUUAGAUCAUUAGUUUGGUACUUAUCUACAUAUUUGAAAUCAAUUCAGCAAAUCUCAACAGGAUUCUAUGAAAUCAAAGAAGGUGCGUAUAAAUAAAGCAGAUUUGAAAACUUCAUAUAUUAUUUUAAAGAAAUGAUAAAAUUUAUUCCUAGCUUUAUGAAAUAUAUAUCUCUGCCUUCAACCGUUUUUGAUUGUAUAAACUAGGCAUUAGGAAUAGUAAUGAAGAAAACUCUUGAGAUUAGAUUUAACAAUCGAAUUAUACGAAUAACAAAUAUUUUACAAAGAUCUACUAUAGGUUCAUUAAGUAUUCAACAAUAAAUUUAAUUGGCUGCAUUAGAAUUAAGUUAAGAGAUAAAACCAGAGUAAUAAAAAAUAGAAUAAUCCACAUUCUAAAAUUUUGUUGACAAAAUAGCUAAUUUAUCCAGAUAACAGGAAGAAUUUAGCUAAGAUAUUUAUUGGAAAAAAGGAAUAAAUGAUUCAUUAACCAUACUCUCUUAUAUGAGCAGCUAAGUAAUUCCUAACACAAUAGAAAACUACAAUUAGACUUUGAGUUAGAUUAUUAUAGAUGCUAUUAGAAAUAAUCAGCCAUAAUAAUUACAAUCUAAUUGA